AGUCCGAUACGUACUUUAGGUAGUAGAGUAGUAGUAAAUAAUAAUCUGUGCCGAUGAAGAAAGUGAGGUUUGAUUUGAUUUGAUCAUUUGAGGAACUUGGAACUUGGCAGAAUUCAUUAAAAAUUUCAAAGAAAACAAACGCAACGAUCGAUUCAAGUAGUUAAUGUCCGAAAUUAAAUUGCUCAAAGAAGGAAAGCCUCGUUUGACUUGGAGGUGGCGGCUCUGCUGUGUGCUGACGACUGCAACCGCCUUACCCGUCUUGAAAAUUGUAAUGUGAUUGUAGGAAUAGAAGGUAAUUCUAGUGCAUUCUAGAAGUUUUGCAGUAUGACAGAAAAGGAGCAAGUUAUACAGGCUUUGAAAGCUACUCUAAUAUCUGUAAAAGGGGCGUUAACCCUAAAUCAGUGCAACCGUGACUAUCAUGAACUGCAGGGAGAAUGGAUUCCAUAUAAGAAAUUAGGUUAUACAAGUUUGGAACACUUAUUUCGAGAUGUCCCUGGCUUUAAAAUAACUUUUUCAAAAGGCGAUUGGUAUGUUGACGCUGUAGCGACUCAGGACACCCAGCACAUUGCAUCUAUGGUAGCUAAGCAAAAGACUACGCAAAAGAAAUUUCGUUCAAAUUAUGUGAAUCGCUUCCCGAAGAGACAAGGCUCAUGGCGGAAACCAGCUCCUACACCUAAUUUUUCGUACAAUAACCAAUAUUCUAAUCAAUAUUACAGAGUAAAAUCUACUCCAUUCAAUAACAACAACCAUAACUAUAGGUAUAAUAAACAAAGCGCUCACCUCAAUAGAUCCAGUGAUUCAAAAAGUUCUACACAUGUUAAAUCAGUAGACCAGCCAGAUAGGAGUGCUGCGAAUGGAUCUACAAGUUAUAACUCUUGCCAAGUUUUGAGAGAAACAAAUCUGAAUGAACAAAAACAUUCCAUAAAAAUUGACAAAGAGACUGAAGGAAGUAGUGGAAAACUUUCUGCAUCACAAAGACUGUCAAAUCUACGUGAUAGACUGAAUACAGUUGAUUUAAUACCGUUGCAGCUUCCAGCACAUGCAGAUUAUCUAGAACCGAAUGUUUUGGAGAGUCCAGUAGUCCCGGCAACAGGUUCAGCAGUGUACGCAGCCGCCUCGGCUUUGGAACCGCCUCCGGAAUCUUCAUCAUCGAUUGUCAAGUUGGAAUGGACGUGUCAUAAACUAGGACUUCCACAACCUGUGUAUAAAACUAUUCGCGAAAAAAUUGGCCUCCUCUGCAUUAUAAAGGUGGGUACAUAUUCGGCGAGUUCGUACCCGGACUUGGUGCCGUCAGACGAGGGGCAAGCGAAGGAGUUCGUCGCGGGGAAGAUCCUGGCGCAGAUCGGCAGCUCGGGCGCGGCGGGGCUCGUCACGUCCAGCGACGCGCAGGCGCUGGCCGGCCUCAGCGCGCUCGUGGCGGAGCACCAGGCCGGCCUCUGGGCCAACAUGGCGCCCCAUCUCUACAGAGAGAAGUAUGGAGAAAAUUUACCAAGCUACUGGUUACAGCUGAUAGAAAACUGUCCUAGUGUAGUCAAAGAUCGUGUUGUGAAUGGCCUUUCGGUGCUCAUCCCUAAUAAUGGGGAAACAAAAACGCCAGUGAACAAAGUAGAACCAGUGGUCAUUGAUGAUACAAUUGACAGCGACUUACCCCCACUACAAUUCCCAGAAAACGAUUAUUGGAAUGUAUUUAUUACAAUAGCAAAUUCUUCUUUGGAAAUAUGGCUCAGAAUAAUCGGACCACAGUACAGUGGUGCGGCUGAAGCCCUCGACGAGGAAAUGAUUAGUUAUUACCAACGCGCUGGAACUACUGUCGAUAAGUCUAUGAUUAUCAAAAACGCUUGGUAUGCAGUAUGCUUAGAAGAUGGGGAAUGGCAACGCGCCAAAGUGCUAGAAGUCGAAGAGGAAACGGCUACAGUGUUCUUGGGUGACCACGGAGACAUCGACACGGUUCCUAUUGACCAAAUCAAAAUACUCGAACCUCAAUUCAGAAAAUUACCUGCACAGGCGAUCCUGUGCCGCCUGGAGGGCGUGGAGGAGCUGGCGGCCAGCGAGGCGGGCACGGCGCUGGUGCAGCGGCGGCUGCUGGGCGCGGCGCUGGUGGCGGCGCCGGGCCUGCGCGACGACCCCGCCGACCCGUCCGUGGCAGUGGAGCUCUUCGACACGUCGACAAUGGUCGACAUCAACGUCAACAAGGAGCUCGUGCAGGACUUCUGUUUGUCGGGUGACUUUCAACUCACACAGAAGCCGUGCUCGGUGGAGGUGGGCUGCGUGACGGAGGAGGGGCGCGUGUGGGUGUCGCGCGCGGAAGGCGUGGAGGCGGUGCGCGCGGCGCUGGCGCUGCUGACGGACGGGCCGCACCGCCGCGCGCUGCCGCCCGCGCCGCGCGCGCCGCCCGCGCUCUCCAAGGGGCUCUACAUCGUGCGCACGCUCGCCGGAGACUGGGUGCGCUGCACGGUGAUCAGCGGGCUGGACGGCGAGGGCACGGUGCGCACGCUGCUGGUGGACAGCGGGCUCAUCCUGCGCGCGCCGCUCUCGUCGCUCGUGCCGCUCAACGUCUUCUCCCCCGCGCUCAACGCCUACCCCCCGCAGGCGCAGCAGGUGCGGCUGAGCGGCGUGGAGCGCGUGGCGGGCGGCAUGGUGGCGCGCCUGCGCGAGCUGCUGAUAGGUGCGCGCGUGCUAUGCCGCGCCGCGCCCGACUCGCGCCAGCACGCGUCCGCACCCGCGCCCGCGCCCGUCGAGCUGUUCGUGCGCAGCGGACCGCUCAACAUCCUCGCAUCCGUCAACAACGCCAUCCUGCUCGAGUACGAGUACCAGCAACCCGCAAAACCGAACGAAGAGGAAAAAGAGAACGAUACGACAAAGCAGCUAGAGGCGCUGCACAAGAAGAAAGAGCGCAUUUUCCGAACGGCGGCGGCGGGCGCGGAGGAGGUGCCAGAGGUCGCCGACAAACCAGGCGUGCUGCCGCCGCAGACGCUGCCGACGGCCGGCCAGUGCUUCGACGUCAAUGUCGCCAUGGCCGCCAACCCGUGGAACUUCGUCGUACAACCGAAUUUUUCAAGAACCAGCUUGCAAACGAUGAUGGCUUCACUGCAAACUGAGUGCCCGAAAAUACCCAUCUCAGAAGCACCCACAAAGCCGGCCUACGGAGAGCUGUACACAGCUUACUAUGAAAAAGACGACUCCUGGUACAGGGUAACGAUAGCGGGUUCAGUGUCAGACGAGCUGGUGUCGGUGUACUUCUGCGACUUCGGCGACCUGGCGCUGUUCGAGAGGACGGCGCUGCGGCCCGUGCCCGCCGCCGCGCCGCUCGCGCGCUCGCUGCCGCCGCAAGCCAUCCGGGCGAGACUUUACGGUGACUGUUCAUUCGACUGCCUCGUCGGUCCAGCGGUUAGCCCUCGGCGACUGGCGCUGUUCGAGAGGACGGCGCUGCGGCCCGUGCCCGCCGCCGCGCCGCUCGCGCGCUCGCUGCCGCCGCAAGCCAUCCGGGCGAGACUUUACGAUGUCAAGCCGCUACACCAAGAUUGGCAAGUUGAAGACUGCAUACGGUUUCAAGAGCUAUGUGUGGAGCAGCAAUUUGUUGGCAUUUGCAAGGAGGUCGCCAAAGAUCCGCUAAAUCCUACAGAACCGCUUUUAACACUUGACCUUGUUGACACAUCCACAGAAGAAGACUUGUACAUUAACAAACAAUUAGUCAAAGAAGGCAGAGCACGGCUUGCGUCUGCAUCUUAAAUGUAUCAUGUAUAUUUAUAACCUUUUAAAACAUCACUGUAGCUUUAACUAAAAAGUUGCAUAUUAACUUUUUAGUUUUUUAGCCAUUAAAUGAGAAAGAGAUUGUAACCUGAUAUAAAUAAGACUUGUUAAUUUUUAUUAAGACUAUUAGUUGUUUUUGAUUUUUUAUUUUCAAAGUCCAAAUGUUGCCAGCAUUUGUAAUAAACUCGUGUUUUAUUCUGACUUUACCGCUGACGCAGUUUAUAUGUGCACAAAUCUCGAAUUACAAGUUGUCUUAUUGCUAUGUGUCAGUACCUAGUGAUAUGUGACAAUAUCGUAUUCGAGCACGCAUUUAUUUUAAACAAAAAAUGACAACUUGACUACAUGACUUGUAAAACUAGAUCUCAUUUGGAACACUAGGAUUUUCAAGAUACUUUUUAAUUAUUGUUCUUAUGAACAUAACUAAUUUCCUUAAAUGUGUGUAAACAUUUUUAAAUAUAAUCUCAUAUUUAUUAAGUUUAAAAAAUAUUCGUUUAUCACAAACUAUUUGUGAAUAUGUUUUGUGUUUUGUAAAGAUUUAAAGGUGUUUAACAUGCGGCCAGUGAAGAGAAAUUCAUAUGACAUUUUAUCCAAUGGCGUCGGAGUUGUGACAUUCCCAUCUCUUUUGUACCAACGCAAUGAAAGAGAUAGCGGUAUUUCCAGUUGCGGUAUCUCGUUGGUCGCAUGGUAGCGCCACAGGGUUUACAAAUGUCAUAAAUAAUGGGUUAUUUUAUAUUUUCCUUAAAUGGCCUUGUACUGACUGUAAUACACGCUGCAAAAAUUUUGAAUUUAUGCGUUUUCCCACAAAUUUGUCUCCAGUCUUCAUAUAAACUGAUUGAUGAUUAGUCCAAUGAUUGACUUUUGCAGCUAGUUAAAUUGUGUUUAAUUAUUGACUUUUCAUUCCAUUAUACGGGAUUAAUACCUCGGAAGAACACGCAAAGCCGGUUGCCGGUCACAAUCAUUAAAAUACAUAGAAUGAUAUUAUGGUAUCAUAAUUUUUAGUUACUUUAAAAAUUACACAAUCAAUUUACCGAGUUUUACCCAUAGAGCAUGCUGUGACUUUCACUAUUUAUUUGUUAUUUCUGUUUUUAUUCUACCUAUUUCCAUAGUGAGGCUAAGUUAACUCACUUAUUGUUACUACGAGUAUAUAGUAAGCAUCAAAACAAAAACAAAAAAAAAAUAUAUAGAUAUAUCCCAGAUAAAGGCUUAUAACUCUUACCAAUAAAGCAAGCUAGCUGUAAUGGAACAAUUAUUAUAUUGUACAGUGCGACACGAAAGAGUAGAAAAUAAAUGAAGGCGCUGUUGUCUUUUGUUGUUCCUGUGGUAACUGUAUGUUUUGUCAUCCACUUGUAAUUGCAACUACCUUUAUACUUGAUAUUUUGUUCUAUACCUAGGUAACAUGUACUUAUUUUAAAUAAGAUGAUCUGAUGAAAAUAAUAUUACUAUCUAAUAUAAAUAAAUAUAUUAAGAAAAUACAUAAAUAACCAUCUAUCUAGCCCUGAAGUAAGAUCUAACUGAUUUCAUGACAUACAUUUAUUAAAGUUAAAAGAAAGAGUAUCAUGUAAAUAAAUUAUAUUUAUUGUAGCUCGUCUAGUUGUUAUCCGAAUUUCCACUAUUAUUUUAAUAAUUUGAUAAAAAACAUACAUACAGCCGAACGUAGAACCUCCUCCUUUUUGGAAGUCGGUUAAAAAUUAUCAAUAAUAGUUGGUUGCUCUUUAUCACAGAUCUUUGUGAUAAUGACAUUAAAUGUGGUAUUGCCACAGUUAGUUUAUUAGUUCCAUUUUUGUUAAUUUCUACUCUUGUAUGUCGCACUAUAUUUGCAAAGUGUAACAAACCUUAAUCCAAAAGUAUGUUUUAUUGUCAAUUUAUUGUUGUGCACCAGCAAAAUAAAAGUACUAUAUAUUCUAA